CCUAUUCAGAAGAAACGCUCUGAACUCACUUUUGAAGUGAAGUUGCCUCCACGUUGAAGCGAACGACUCGGCCAGCAUCUCUCUCUUCACAGGACAACAACAUAUUUUCUUUAUAUCUUUUUAUUUCCAACAACUUUUUCCCCACUUCAACCUCAACCAACCUCAGCAUGACGUUCAGGAGGCUGAAGAAGGUGAACUCCAGCGGGCCAGAGAGUGGACACUCAUCCCAGGACAACGACAUCUAUUUCCCCUCGUCAAAGUCAGACAGCUGCAGGACGAUGGAGCUACCGACCAACUCCUCGGAGGUUUACAACUACAGGACUCUGGCUUACUCUGGAGGGACUCUGCCCAGGAACUUCAAAAAAGGUGGCGGGCUGCAGAAGUGGAAACCCCUCACACAGUCACCAGAACCACAAAGAAAGGUGGUUGUCCUGGAGAAAAAGGACGAGGAGACGUUUGGCUUUGAGAUCCAGACUUACGGCCUCCACCAUCAGGACCAAAACUCGGUGGAGAUGUGCACGUUUGUGUGUAAGGUGCACGAUGACAGCCCGGCUCAGGAAGCAGGACUUAAAGUUGGGGACACCAUCGCAAGUGUGAACGAGGCCACCGUGGAGGGAUUUAGGCACAAGGAGAUCGUUCAGCUCAUCAGGGCCUGCGGCAACACAAUCAGGCUGGAGACGGUUUACAGUGACUCAAUCCGAAAAGCAGAGCUGGAGGCCCGGCUUCAGUAUCUGAAGCAAACCCUUCAUGAGAAAUGGGAUGAAUAUCGGUCGUUGAUGGUGCAGGAGCAGAGGCUUGUUCAUGGCAUAGUAAUGAGUGAUGCUGCAGUGUACGAGUCCCUGGAGUCUGCAGGUGUAUACGGCAGCCUCGGCACUCCCAGCCCCGCCGCUCAGAGAGCCCUCCGCUGCACCGGCAGCACCAGCAGCAGCGCCAGCUUCCUCAGCACAGCCACAGAGGAUGACCCUCUCUACCAGACCUGCCUGUACCAGGUGGACGGCAGCGUGGACUCGGACAACACCAUUGCAGACAAAAAGAAAGAGCAGCCGCCGCAGAGGCAGCAGCGUCUCCGACCGGCCAGCGAGCUCUUCCUGACGGCCAAGACGCACCUGACCCGCAGCGCCAGCACACGCAGCUACGUGAGGGGACCUUCGUCGUCGUCGUCGUCUUCCACCUCGGGGGAGAAGCAGGGAGGGUUCAGCACACUGCAGAGGAAGCCCAAACAGAAAAGCUUCCGCAGGCGACUCCUCAAAUUCAUCCCAGGCUUGAACCGACCGCUGGAGGAGGAGGAGAGCAAACUGUGAGUGGUUCACCUGAACUUCACAGACCCAAAGACUUAAAGCACCAGUGACUGUCAAACUAAAACUGCCAAAGAAAAAAAGUGCAAGAAGCCCCAAAGACUGAAGAGACCAAAGUAAUGGCUCUACAGCUGCACCUCUCCAUGUUUGAGUAGACCAAUGAACAUUUGGCCGCGUCCUGUAGCCUUCAUUGUUUCACAGCUGUACAUAACUUUUCAAAUUGUUUUCUCUAAGUUAUUUAUUUAUUUUAACAUGUCAGGUUUAUGUACAGAAUGAAGGAUUUUCCAGUUUUUACAGCAUGCACCCACUUUUGACAGCUGAGUAAAUGACCCGUUACUGUUGUGAUUGUGCAACACAACAUUUUGUAAGUUUGAUACCUACUUUAGAUCAUUCAAAUUGAUCCUGUUAUAUAUUUUUUUUCUGCCUAAGUCACGGUUCCUAAAAAUAAAAAAUGUGGCAUUUUCA